AUGCAGGACUGCAUCAAAUCCCAGGAUGCGGUGCCAAACAUCGCAUUACUGGGUUCUGGAGGAGGACAGAGAGCCAUGGUGGGUUUGCUGGGAUCCCUGGUUCAGCUUGAUAAAGCAGGUCUUCUGGACUGUGUCCUUUAUCUGAGCGGAGUCUCUGGAUCCACCUGGUGCAUGGCCUCCUUAUACCAAGAACCAGACUGGUCCACCAAACUAGAGACUGUGAAAGACAAAAUCAUCAGGAGACUCAGCGGACCAGGAGUCAGCUUGAAAGACAAAUUGGCCAAACUGAAGAAAUAUUACUAUGGGAAAGAUCACUUCAGCUUGACUGAUGUCUGGGCAGUGAUGGUCAUUACGUCAUAUGUGAAAGAGAUUGACGAACACGCACUCACAGAGCAGUGGAACCAGCACAAUAAAGACCCGUUUCCCAUCUAUGCAGUCAUCGACAAGCAAUGCAAACAGUACAAUAACGAAGACCCCUGGUUUGAGAUCAAUCCACAUGAAGCGGGUUAUUCUCUCAUUGGAGCAUUUGUGGACACCUGCAACUUUGGCAGCCAAUUUCACGAAGGCACAAAGAUAAAUCAUCAGGAAGAAUUUGACAUGCUGUACCUGCAAGCUCUUUGUGGCAGCGCUUUAGCGGAUGAAGUGGACAUUAAGAAAGUAAAGUGGCAGAAAAUAAAAGAUUUCUUUCAUCAUAGAGAAACAAUAAUACUUGAGGCAAUGAGGGAGGAAGAGCGUGAGAGGAGUGUGAGGAGACAUAAAGCGAUGACAAGAGAGAGGAAAACUGAUUUUGCGGCGAGACACAAACUCAUGCAGCGUCCCCAAGAGCUAGUGCGUCCUUUCUCAGAGCGCUCCGAGCAUGGGUUUCCUUCAGAUGAUCCAGUCUCCCCUCCUGUAGACCAAUGUUACCGGGUACUCAUGGAUCUUGUGGACAGGAAUCUCUCUGUUUUGAAUGGCGAAGAUCCUUCUGCUCUUGAUGAAUCCAUCAGAACAAAAUUGAAAGUCCUCUCUUGUGGCAAAAUCCAACUUGUUCCUAUGGCAAAGGAAACUUCUGAUAAAAGAGCAAACAAGCAUUUCACCUUGGACGUGUGCAACGAUUUGAGUAAUUUGAUCGAUAUCUGGCCAUUUGAUGCUUGGAUAAGCAUUUGUAAAUGCAUGGACUAUUGGAUCUGGGGCAGGAACUAUAACUUCCUCCACAACAUGAGAGAUGAUGCAGUGCCUGCUGCUCUUCUGGAAAGUGAGACGAGAGACUAUAUAGACGCCGGACUGUUGCUGAACUCACCCUACAUCUCAGUGCUGAGAGAAGAAAGAGACAUUGAUCUUAUCAUUUCCCUGGAUUUCAGUGAAAGCGAUCCUUUCAUGACAGUGAGAGAAGCUGCUGAUAUGUGCAGGAAACAAAACAUCCCUUUCCCUGAAGUCAACAUUCCCAGUGAAGAUGUGAAGAAACCGAAGGACUUUUAUGUGUUCACAGGCAAAAACACUCCAACCGUGAUUCACAUCCCUCUGUUUAAUGUGAUCAACUGUGGAGAUGAAAUUGAGGCAUGGCGGAUAAAAUAUCGCACCUUUCAAGGUUCUUACAGCGCUGAGAUGAUCACUGAUCUUAUGGAGGUUGCUGGAAAAAACAUCUCAAACAACAGAGAGAAACUGCUGGAGCAGAUCCAGGCGGUCAUUCAGAAAAAAAUAUUCAGACGCUUUAACAAUUCUGGAUGUAGCCUCAUAUAGACUGAAUAUGGACUAUAAACUGAUCUGAAUAACAGUCAUUUCACAGUAAAUAGUGUUUAAUGUUUUUGUCUUAAUUAUUAAUUAAAUUAUAAGCAUUAUUAGGCUACCUUGUCUGUUA